UCGCGCCGGAGCAGCCGCCGGGCCUCGUCGCUUUCCCAGCCGGUUAAUGAUUGGCCGAGCCAUCGGCGGCCAAGCGGAGUGCGCGGGCGGGCCGGCGCUAUCGUUCGGACAUGAAGCGGCACGCGCUGGGCUGCUUCGUGGCGUUCCUGUUUUGGGGCUCGGGGGCCAGCGGGGGCCCCUCGAGCGGCCCCCGGCCCGACAUGACGGACCAAGAGCUGUUCUGGGGCGCCGACCAGUACCACUUGGCCGUAGUUCUGCCCGCCGCCGGGAUGGACUGCUUCUGGCACUUCGCUCACCACGGGGAGAAGUUCUAUCUCAACUUCAUGUGCGCUCAAGUCAUCCCAGUGUCUUACUCGUGAGCCCAAAGAGAAUACUAGUACACGGAUCUUUAAAGGUGCAGCGGGUGACGGGCGUGGGCCGCGACCGCCACCUGUCCGUCACGCUCAACGCGCCCAGCGGCCUGCUGCUUUCCACCGUGGACGACGCCCGCGGUCAAGUCGACCUGGACGCCCGCGAGACCGGCUUCUACCAGAUGUGCUUCAGCAACUUCCACAACCGCUUCGGCAGCAUGCAGGUUGCCCUCAGCUUCGGCGUUUACUACGAAAAACAGCAACCGCAAGACGCCGCCGCCCGGAAACUCAACGACACGCUGGCCGUCAUCGAGGCGUCGGCGCGGCGCCUGGAGAACGCCGUCUUCCACAUGUUUCGUCACUACAACUACGGUCGCGUGCGCCGCGGCGCCGACGACUUCCUGCUGACGUCCGACCGGCGGCGCGUCGGCUGCUGCUCGGCCGCCCUCGCCGUUCUGGUCGUGCUGGCGGGAUAUCUGCAGCUGCGCUUCCUGCAGAGCCUCUUCGGACACGACGGCGAUGCCGAGCUGCGCGCCUGAUGAACGCUUUUUUGUGACUGCCUGAUCCGCCAAUCAGUAGAGCACAUGAAUAAAGUUACAUUUGAAAAGUUUGAA